UUAUUCUAUUCGUUUUUGGAAAGAUUGCAUAGCUUUGCAUUAAAAAAACGCUUACACGGUUCCACCCAACAUUAUUCCCCUCCCUAAUAUUCAUUUUCAUUCUCCGAAAGACGAUCACCGGCAAACUCUUCACAAUUUCAACUUCCGAGGAGAGAGAAACAGAGAGCAGAAUAAGCGUUUAGGAGAGAGAGAGACGAUGAAAAUUACGGCAAUUGUAGUACUGAAAUGCGGUUCUACCGAAGAUAAUCCGAUCAUCUUAGCAAAUGCUUCGGAUGUCAGCACUUUCGGAUUUUUCCAGCGAUCCAGCGUUCGCGAAUUCAUCGUCUUCGUCUCUCGCACUGUCGCUAAACGCACCUUACCUGGCCAACGCCAAUCCGUCCAGCACGAAGAAUACAAGGUACAUGCUUAUAAUAGAGGGGGUCUUUGUGCAUUGGGAUUUAUGGAUGACCCCUACCCAGUCCGAAGUGCAUUUUCACUGCUGAACCAGGUUUUGGAUGAAUAUCAAAAGAACUUUGGUGAUUCGUGGAAGGGUGCAACUUCAGACAGCACACAACCGUGGCCCUACUUGAAUGAUGCCUUGGCAAAGUACCAGGACCCAGCUGAAGCUGAUAAGCUGCUGAAAAUUCAAAGGGAGCUGGAUGAAACUAAGAUUAUCCUUCACAAGACUAUUGAUAGUGUGCUGGAGCGUGGUGAAAGGCUAGACAGCUUGGUAGAAAAGAGUUCAGAUCUUAGUGCUGCAUCACAGAUGUUCUACAAGCAAGCAAAGAAGACCAACUCAUGUUGUACUAUAUUAUAAGUCUUCAAAGAGUGGGGUCUCUAUGAAGCCAAUGGUCCUAGAAAUUUCAAAAUACAAACGUGAAGAUGAUGAAAAAUGGAGACUUUCAUCUGUUUAUACAAAUUACGUAAUAUAUUUUGUCGAAUGAGAUUCAUGGGAAUUCAUCUAAUUUUUCUUUCUUUUGUUCCCAGGAUUAAACUACUGUAAUUGUACCACAUAAUUAAAUGAUGUCAGCAUGUGCAUUUUUACAUUCUGGGAUUGAUUUAUCACUGUUGUUUGUAGAGCAAUUGGGUUCACAUUAGGAUGCUUUGCUACUUUGUCUGUAUUUUACCAACGUGUACUACUUAAUUUCAUUCUUAGAAAGUUUAUUUUGAUAGUAAUAAACGUAGCAUUGUAUUUGCAUUGAA